GCCCUUGCACUGAGCCCCAGAAGCUGUGAAAGUGCCUGCAGCAUAAACAAACCAGGAACUCUCCUAGGACGGAGAGUUUGCCAACAGAAGGCAAGGCCUGGGGUUUAUGGCUUUAUUCUGAGCCUAAGGUAGAGAUAAUCUUCUGAGGGGGCGAGACAGACCCAGCAUCUGUGGAUGUCACUGCAGUGAAGCAAGGAUGGGUGAGGAGUUACCAGAUGGGGUUGUCUUCAAAGACCACAACUUCUCCUCUGACUUGCUGAGACAGCUCAACAGCUUAAGGCAAAGCAAGAUCCUGACGGAUGUGAGCAUCUGCUCGGGAGCCUGGGAGGUCCCUUGCCACCGCAACGUGCUGGCCUCCAGCAGCCCCUACUUCAAGGCCAUGUUCUGUAGUCAUUUCCGGGAGAGCAGGGAGGCCAAAGUGCAGCUGCAAGGCGUCGACUCCACAACACUCGAGCAGGUCAUCACAUAUGCGUACACGGGAGAGGUGUGUAUCUCUGCUGCCAACGUCCUCCCACUGAUGGAGGCAGCUGCCAUGCUGCAAUACCCCAGGGUGUUCGAGGCCUGCUCAUCAUACCUGCAGAGCCAGCUGACCCCCGGCAACUGCCUGGGCCUGGUCAGACUCGCAGAAAUCCUAAGCUGUGAGAGCCUCAAGAAGAAAGCCAGGGAGGUGGCCCUGACUUGCUUCCCGGAGGUAGCAACAUCAGCCGACCUGAAGGAGCUCUGCGCCACGGAGUUGAGAGGCUACCUAGGAGAUGACGCACUCUGCGGAGAGGAGGAAGCGGUGUUUGAGGCCCUCAUGGCUUGGGUCAAGCACGACCUGAAGGCCCGGUGGCAGCACAUGCAGGAGCUGUUGCAACAGGUCCGCCUGCAGUACAUCCACCCAGCCUUCUUCCACCACUUUAUUGCCAGUGAUGCGCUUCUCCAGUCCUCGCCCGCCUGCCAGGCCAUCCUGGAGACAGCCAGCAAGCAGAUAUUCUGUUUGUACAGCCCCAGCGCCCAGGACUGUGAAUUUCUGCAGCACAUCCCCCCAAGGAGCUCCUACCAAGACUUCCUCCUCCUCCUGGGAGGGCGGAAGGACAGCCAGCAGACCACCAGGGACGUCUUGCUCUACAGUGUACGGACGGGUCAGUGGCAGAGCCUGGCCAAACUCCCCGCGCGGUUGUACAAGGCCUCCGCCGUCACCUUGCACCGUAGUGUCUACGUGCUUGGGGGCAUGGUUGUCAGCGAGGGGAAGAGUCUCAUCAGUAGCAGCGUCUACAUCUUCUCUCUGAAGCUCAACCAGUGGAGGCUGGGGCGGCCCAUGCUGGCAGCCCGCUACUCUCACAGGGGCACCACCCACAGGAACUUCAUCUUCUCCAUUGGGGGCACCGGAGCAGGGCAGGAGCUCCUGGGCUCCAUGGAGAGGUACGACAGCAUCCGUGAUGUCUGGGAGAGCAUGGCUAACAUGCCAGUGGCUGUGCUCCAUCCUGCCGUGGCAGUGAAGGACCAAAGGCUCUAUCUUUUCGGGGGUGAGGACGUCAUGCAGAAUCCUGUGCGCCUUAUCCAGGUUUACCACAUUUCCAGAAACACAUGGUUUAAGAUGGAGACGAGGAUGAUCAAGAAUGUGUGUGCCCCCGCAGUGGUACUGGGAGAGAGGAUUGUCAUUGUGGGAGGUUACACGAGGAGGAUUCUUGCUUAUGACCCUCGGUCCAACAAAUUUGUCAAGUGUGCGGACAUGAAGGAGCGCAGGAUGCACCAUGGGGCCACAGUGAUGGGGAACAAGCUUUAUGUGACAGGUGGGCGGAGGCUGACCACAGACUGCAACAUUGAGGACUCAGCCUCCUUUGACUGCUAUGACCCUGAGACGGACACCUGGACAUCCCAGGGACAGCUCCCUCACAGACUCUUUGACCACGCCUGCCUGACUCUCCAGUGCAUACCCCACACGGCUGGCCUCACAUGAAGGCCACGGGAACCUAUCUCGGUUAAAAUGCUGUGUGAUGCAAGAAAUCGCAACCCAGCUCCAAAGGCCUAGAACUGAAGGAAGUCAAGACUACCACUCUCUAGAGUAGUUAAAAAAAAA